AUGUCGAACCAACACGCUGCUACCACUGACCAGACGGAAGCCGUUGCUUCACCACUGGGGCGCCAACUCUCAGUGAGCGCGGAAGACCUCCCACCCCGUCUCCCCCCUCCCCCUCCGCCCCAGUUAACCCAGCUUGUCCAGCUUCACGGCUACCUGAUCAUCUUCUCCAUACUCGGAACCCUCUCCCGCAUCGGCCUGGUCUGGAUAACAACCUAUGAGACAAACCCCCUUCCGCCCCUCUUCUGGCCACAAUUCGCCGGAUGCCUACUAAUGGGUUUCUUCCUUGAGGAUAAGGCGCUCUUCCCCGCGGCCGCAAAAACGACAGCACCGCUAUAUCUCGGCUUGACAACCGGCUACUGCGGCUCCGUAACGACUUUCUCGUCAUUCAUCCUGGGCGCGUUUGAGGAGCUUGCUAAUACCGCACCGGUCCGUGCCAAUCGAAGGAUAAGAGACGAUGUAGCGGCCGUGCUAGCGUACGUUAUUGGCACUAUCGCGAUAUCGUUAGGUGGACUACAGGCCGGGGCUCACUCAGCUAUUUUCUCUAAGGGGCUGUUGAGGAAGUUGCGCCUUCGUUGGGCGGAUACGCUGGCCGCGCCGAUUGGGCUCGGGGUGUGGGUGGGGUCGGUGAUCAUGGCGGUAUUUGUCAAGCGGUGGAGGGGGGAUGUACUGUUUGCCUGUGUAUUCUCCCCACCAGGAGCCAUCCUGAGGUUUUGGGCGUCUCGGUUGGGGAAUCCGAUGUGGAAAGCGUUUCCUUUGGGCACGUUCACGGUGAAUAUGUUGGGCACGGCGGUGCUGGCUGGGUUAUUGGCCGGGAGAUAUGUGCAUUCGGGAGGAAACACCUGUGAUGUCUUGAGGGGAUUGGGCGAUGGGUUUUGUGGGUGUUUGACCACGGUGUCUACCUUCGUGGUGGAAGUUCGAGGCCUGACGGGUGGGUUUCUGCGGACAUUGUGAGGGGAACAAACCGCUGACAAGGAGGCAGCUGGCCAUGGCUAUAUUUAUGCCGGCACUAGUGUUGUGGUUGGCCUAUGCUUGACAAUAUUGAUUUUGGGCAGUUACGCAGGUAUCCUUUCCCUACUCGUUGUACUUUUGUGGCUAACGGGAACGCAGACAUGGGUUCAUGGAGCAGGAGAGUUGGCAUGUUAGAAGUAAAGCGCGCUGCGGCCUGUAAAUAUUCGGUCGUCUGACCUCUAUUGUAUACCAAGCUGCGCCCCUUAA